AUAAACAAAUUCAAUGUUUAUGUCUAUAGCAUCUAUAGCGCUUGGUUUUGUAUUUGGUGAACGAUUUUGAUAGAGUUGCUCUAAUAUUUCGUUUGAAAAACAGUUUAAUCCGAAAAUGGGUGGCUGCCGGUGCACGUUCCGACAGUGUGAAAACAGUACCGCCAGCAAGCCGGGGAUGCACUUUUUCCACUUCCCCAUCCGGGACUGGCCUCGGUUGGAAAUUUGGGCCAUCAAUGCCGGCAGGCUGGAGUUCAAGGAGCUGCCGUUGAGCAAACUGAAGAACAAGGUCGUCUGUCAGGAUCACUUUGAAAAUAGGAUGUUCAUGAACUACCUGCAGGAAGGUCUGGUUAAAACUGCCGUGCCAAGAUUGGACAUAUUGGAAGACGGGAAGACGUGGAACGUGGAGACGAAUGAGAUCAACGAAAGGGAGGAGUGGAUCAUUCCGGAGAAAAACGAAUCAGUGGAAACCGAGACCACUCGGAUGGAGAUUCAAUUCGUUGACUCGGAGCAUGAAGAAUUCAACAUUACACCAGUUCUCAGCCCACCUAAAAUACUCAAUAAAACCAAUAAGAAAUCAACCUCUGCUAUGGCGCUUCUGGCGACGGUAAAUAAUGAGGAUCAUAAACAGGAAGCCCCUGCUGCUCCGGCACCGACUGCUAUUCUACGGAAAGUUCUGGUCAAACGUAAACCCAAACCGUCCGCGGAUAAUUCGCCCAAGAAAUCGAAAGUGCAGCUUCUCUCCAUUCACCGGCUACCGGUAAAGUCUUUGCCAAACUCUGUUCAACAGCGAGACUCUACUGCCGAAGAAAUUCCAUCCAUGGUAAUGCCCUCUUCUUCAACGGAUGUCACGGAAGAAACCCUGGCACAGGCAGCUCCACGUACCCAAUCGGCACCGAUAGAACCCCCAGCAUCUCCGGCGGUCACAAUCAUCACCGAUCCGGCGUACCAUGUGAAACUGGAUGAAGCAACAGCGCGGAUUGCGGAAGUGAAGAAACUUCUAACCGAUGUACUGAACAAACCCAUUCCCGAACCGAAGGUGAUAGAAGUUCCCGUUCCAACGCCGAUGCCGGUUCCGGUUCACAAGUGCGAACCGCAAUCCGACGAGAGUGGCUCCAAAAUGGAGAAGGGACCACACAUGAACAAGGUUCAGCUCUUCAACGGCAUCAAACGGUAUCUGAAUCCUACGAUGGUGGCCCUGCUGCGUAUGGAACUGUUUGCCGGAGCUCCGGAAAGGCAGUGGAAGUCGGACGAAAAAUCGUUGGCGGUCGAAUUGGUCAACUUGGGGGAGAACGUGUACGGCCACUUUUUGGACGAAUUUCGGUUUAGGUUGCCGGCGAAGAAGGAUGCUCUCAAGUGGAAGGAAGACGCGUUGGAUGACGAAGAUGAUGCGUCGUGAAGAUUGGGUGGACAGUUUACGGUAAGAUCUGUAGCAGUAAUAUCCUGAUUUGACUAUAUUUAAUUAAAAUAAUAAUUAAAAUAUUCUACAAUGAAUAGACGUGUUUCCAUACAUAAACAUAA